AUGCCAGAGAAGGUCCGAGCCGUUGCCGGGAAGUUGAAUCUCCCUUCAUUCAAGGAGAUGCUUCAAGCCAGCGCUUACCCCGAUGUCUCGCUUGCCGAUGAGCUCCAAGACGGUUUGCCACUAACAGGGACCUUUGAGCUUCCCGAAUCCAUCUUCCGGCGGAACACCGGAGAAGCUAAGAAGCGCAAGUUCAUUAAUCUCGAAGAGCUACUCCGAUCUGGUCCGGGAUUGGCAAAAAAAAGAUGGCAGAAGCUCUCGAAUAAGAGUCUGCCGAAUGGGAUGAGACUUUAUGACAAAGUGCUAUCGAGCAGACCGAGGAUGCGACAAUGA